GAGCAUUGAGCAAAACAGAGGAACUAAGGAUCCACGGGAAUGGAGCCGGCUACUUGGUAGAAUUACCCUAGGAGAGGAAAGGAGAGUCAGUCCAGACAGAAACUGAUGCUGAGCUGUUUAUGAAAGGUGUCAGAAGAUGGUGAGGAUGCUUACCAUGGGUAGGGCCACUGAUCGGAUCUCUGCAGGCUCUUCUAAUUGUUGGAGGAUGGGCAGGCAGGUGAGCUGCUGAGGUGAGUGUUUAACAAGGAUUUCCUGAAAUCAUGGACCAGCUUGACGGUGACAUGUGAUUGCAUCUUGCAGAUGGUUUGUUCUUCCGCCACAUGAGAGUCACAGGAAUUUGAGAAAAAGAGGACAUCAGUGCUUAGAGAAUGCAGGCCUGCACAAAGGUCAUCAAGGAGACGGACCACCACUCUAGUGAAGACGACAAUCUGGGUGGUGAAGCUUGUCCUUAAAUACUGACAGAAGACCGGGACUUCAGGAGCUCAAAUGAAUCCAGCCCAUCCUUGAUUCAGAGAAGUGUUAGGGCACAGGAGAGGACCAGUGCAGGAGCAUGAUAAUGGAAAUUUCUAAUAUUAAGGAAUUCUAAUUUAGAAACUAACUGCAAAAACACAAAUUAUAAAGUAAAGUCAGAGAAGUAACAUGCACAUACAUUACUAUGACUAGUUGCAAACUCAAGAGGAAGUAACUUGUAAAUCAUUGUGUCCUGCUUUGAGUUACAUUUACAACACCCCAACGUUUUAUAUUGUACAACAUCCAUAUCAUCCAUCCAGGGUGUCCAGUAUCUUUGCAGUUUACAUUUUUACAUAGUGCAUUCUGAUAAGACCAUGUGCUGCAUGAAAUAUAGAAAAUAUAAAAUUACAACAACACACAGGUGUAUGAAGCCUGUCCACCAGUGCUUUAAAAGAGAAAGGGAAAAUAGAGUGAACGUGGUGAUGUAAUUUUUAGAAAGGUAGAAAAUAAAUGCAGUCUGACGAAUGCCUGUGCAGACUUGCAUGACUAAACCAGAUAAGUGAGGUAUCCAGCCAACCGGGCCAACCUGAGCCACUGCUGCUUUGCAUAGAACGUCUCUGUCCAGCUGUCAUUGUACUAGUCUGCUGAAGGAAAUGCUGAUACAGGAUGACAUGUUAAACCGAACCGGAGUAUGGAGUCUGAGUCUCUCGGUCUUUUACUGGUGCGCAACAGCCAUAGCAAACAUGUCAGACCCAAUAAAGAAAUAACCCAGUUAUAUUUUCUUCCGGCAACUCCAGCUGUGUGAGGAUGCAUCUGUUUUUCACGUCUUUAUUCCCCUUCACCCUGCUGAUGGCGUCCCACCUGGUGAGUGCCACCGUGUCCAAGAGCUUCAAAGAGUGCAGCCAAUUCUUCUACAUGCAGACCCCGCCUGCAGGGAUCAGAGGAACAAGCCUCAAGUGGAUUUGCCAGAAAUAUGCAGACAAACUUCGCUACGCCACACUGUAUGACAGUAGUCGCCAUCUCCCCCUCUACUCAGCCUACGUCUUCAAGAAGUCUGACGGGAAGAGGAGGAUGGACACCCCCUGGAUGUAUGAGCCUCAGCUGCUUUCAAAUGAUGAGAGUAGUAACAUGAAGGCACUUCCCCUGAGUGAAAAGACUCCCCCUCUGAUUGAGGACAGCCAGGUUGUUUUAGAGGACUACACAGAUGCCGUAGGAUAUCGACGUGGCCCACUAAACCCUGACCUGCACCAAGCAGAGCCAGAUGACAAAUCCUCCACUUACACCCUGACCAACGUAGUUCCACUGAUCACAGAUUUCCUGGAAACCUCUUGGAACCCAUACUUAGACAUCGUUCGCCGACGUCUCAACAAUUUCUGCCAUGGCAAAUCUUUUGUGGUGACAGGGGUGACUGUUUCGGGGGCUGCCAUUCAGCGUAAUAACAGGGACCGUCUCAUCAUUCCAAAACACUUAUGGCUGGCAUACUGCUGUCCACAGUUUGAUCGUAACUCACCAUAUGAAGUGAGGUUUAUGUUCCCUAGCUACGGGGGCUAUGCACUGAAUGAACAGGCUGGAUUUAGUGUAGUCGAGGUACCUCUAAAGACUCUGGAGACAUUCUUAAGGAGCCAGACAGACAUAGACAGUGACAUGGCCAUAUUCUACAAGGGAUGUGUGGCAGAAAAUCCCUUAAAGAAGAGGAGAGACCUUACCGAUGUUUUAGUAUGAUGGAAUUUUU